AUGGACAACAUCCACGCACCCACCGUCCCCUCGGGGCCCUCCUCGCGCCCGAUCACGAACGGCAACGCGAAGCACCUCUCAUUCGCCGAGCUAUCGCAGAAGAAGGGAAACCUGGAAGCCGAGCUGAAGGCCCUCGGCGGCGUACUGGACUCUCAUGGAGUGAAUAUGGACACGCCUCUGACGCGAGAUGGUUUCCCCCGAGCCGAUAUCGACGUAGCGCAAAUCCGAACGACUCGCGCCAAGAUCAUUCACCUCCGGAACGACUACAAGGACCUGAUGAACGCUAUUGAGAAGCACCUGCAUGAGCACUUCGCCAGCCUUCAAGACGCGGACGACCAGCCUGCCGCGGCCCGCACGGGCGCGGGUAUGAUGGGCGACUCGAUCCAGCAGACGCUCGACGAGCCGUUUGCAAAGGUCAACAGCGUUGUGCCCGGCAGCCCGGCAUACACCGCAGGGCUGAAGGCUGGUGAUGAGAUCCGCAACUUUGGCUACGUCAACAAGGCCAACCACGAUGGCCUCAAGAAGGUGGCAGAGUGCGUGCAAGGAAACGAGAAUCAAAACAUUCUUGUCAAGAUCUCACGUCCUGCAGAAGCCACCAGAAGACAGGAGCUGCACCUGAUGCUCACGCCGCGGCAGAAUUGGGGAGGAAGAGGCAUGUUGGGCUGCCACAUCCUACCCAUCUAA